AGCCAGGGUCACUCAGUCAAAAAGUAUGUCGACAACAUACCAAUUAGUGUGUUGCUAUGGAGUUGUCUCACCUUAUUUUCCCGUUUUGAAGCAUCAAAUCUAACGACUAGAUGCAGCACUACCGUCAUGUAUGUGAUCCAUAGAGGAUUCUAUUUUUCCUCGGAUUCGAAUGACAUUCUAUGCUUUGCCUAGUAGAGACUUCCUAUAAAAGGGUGUAAACUGUAAACUAUUAGAGUUCUGCAUCCAACUGAAUUUCUGUCACAAGGAAGUUCCGAGAAGUCAGACCCAAGAUGCUUGCAAGAAUUCCUGGUGUUUCUAGAGGGCUGUCCUCUAGUGCCGUGCUUAUGGCAGAGGUGAAGAGGCCCUUAAUAAGGAAGAGCUUAAACCAUCAGACCAUAAUGUGCCGCCACUUUACGGUGAGUAUGGAUUUCACCUUAAAGUGGCUGCACGUUCUGACUGCUUAUGGCAGGUUUUCAACGAGUUCAACACAGAGAGAUGGUGAAGGAAGAAGCGAGUCUUUGGCUAAGGAUGUAUUUAUUGGUCACAGCGGCAAACAGAAGAUCCUUGCUCGGGAGCUACACAAGGACCUCACAAAUAAAGGUGUGUCCUGUUUCUUUGAUGAGGAUCCUCUAAGCUUGCCAAUAGCUGAAAAAUUCCCUCCCCGCAUUUUUGAAGCCGCUGAGAAAUGCAGAGUAGCAGUAUUGGUUCUCUCAAAGGAUUUCAGCCACUCAAAGUGGCCAAUGCUGGAACUUUCCGCUUUUCUCAAAGCUAAAAUUUCUGGCAAAAAUCCAAACAUGAAGAUACUACCCUUGUUCUUCAUGAUAUCGCCAAAGUCCCUUUCUGAAAUUACAGAGGACAACCAAGUAUGGAAAGACUUUGGGAUAGCUGAUGAGACUCGAGCUGAAUGGCAUAGGGCUUUAAGAGAAAUAAGGUCAAUUAAGGGUUUGGAGUUCAAAGAAGCUGAGGAUAUGGUGCAUUUCCGAGAUGAAGUUGUAAAAGCCAUCUGCUCCCUACUACUUUCACACUCACCUGAUUCUAUUCAAGGGCAGACACGUCAAGACCAGGUGUUGGAUGGGUUAGCAGUCAUCCCAAUAACACUUCUUCAGCCUCGUCUUCAACAAAUGUUACGGGCACAGUUCUACAGCAAUAUUGUAUUUUCUAUGGACCUGUUAAAACUUCAAUGUAGAUCACCCAUCAGCAUGCUGUGAUGCCCAAACACUGAACUACAGGCCCUUUUCCAUUGAAAGUGAAGACUGUUCUUACAAGAGACUUAUGGAUCUUGAAAUUGUGAUACAUUUAUUUGCCUUCAAGCAAUUCGCUGUUCAGUUCUGGUUUUCUUCUCAACUCUUAUCUGCUGCUCAUAUCUGCAUCAACCAAAAAAGAUGAUUUGCAGCUACGCCAAAACUUGCAGGUAUCAAUGAACUUCUAAAUCAGCAUCUUAACCUAGAUCAAUGAACUGUCAGAGAUGCGGCAGUUAAUCUGAAGAAAAGGUAUCAACAUGAUAACAGAUCAAUAUAUUAAGAUUUAGAUCAGUGACUAUCUUGGUGGCAUUUGAUUAACUCCUUUGAUUUGGAUCAGAGAGCUGCAUGCAGAAAUCUCAGCUAAACGAUCUUCUGUUCUACAGUAAUAUGGAUUCGCCUAAUGAAAUAAUUAGAUUCCAACCACGAAAGCAAUGCUCCGGAUUUUCAUCCUGUGUAUCUGCCUGAUGAGGAUGCCUCAAUAGGAACGAUGCCAACUCAAGUGUCUUGACUAAGGUUUGAUCUGGAAACCCAUCUUGAACUUGAUAGUUUAUUAAAUAGGAGAUGUUGGAAUUACUUUGAGCGUUAGUAUUGCUCCUUUUGUAAUUCCUCUAGUAUUGCAAACAAAGAGCACAGUUUCAAGGCAACUAUAAUUAUUCGUGGAGUUUUAUCUUUCAUCACAAUUUUAUUAAAAUGAAGUGAGGCCACUGUGAAACAGGGGGCAUCAUCAGCAUUUUGCUAUUUGUCUCA